UAACUGUAAGAAAUCAGCUGCAUGCUUGCAUUCACCCACAAGCUUUGGGUAUUUCGCAUUCGAUUGUUUAUUUCAAAAGUGAAUUCGUGCGAUGAUGGCAAACUGCAAGAUGCUCCCGCGAGUUUCGCGCCGCUUGGUCGCCUUUGAUUUCGACUGCACAGUGGUUGACGACAAUACAGACACCGUGGUGCGGGACCUGCUGCCAGCCGAUAAGUUCCCCAGCGACACCAUCAUACACAAGCAAGGAUGGCAAGAGUACAUGGCUGAGGUAUUCCGACGCUUGCAUAAGCUAUGCUACUCGCCGCAAUCGAUACGCGAAAAGAUACGCUGCAUACCGGAGGUACCUGGAUUCGUGCGGCUGCUUAAACGGCUGCACCAAGCGCCUGAGAAAAAAUAUGACCUUAUCAUCAUCAGUGACUCGAACACCAUCUUCAUAACUGAAUGGCUGGAGGCACAUGGCCUGGCAAACUGCUUCGAGAGCAUAUUCACAAACCCAGCGCACUUUGACAGCGACGGCUUGCUGCAUGUACGACCCUACCACCAUCAGACGGAGUGCAAACUGAGCGCUGCCAAUCUAUGCAAAGGCAUGAUCUUGGAACACUAUGUGGCAAAGCGAAAUCUGCGCGAUAAUACGCAUUAUGAGCGCAUCAUCUAUGUUGGGGAUGGCCACAACGACUUGUGCCCGAUACUAAAAUUGCGUCACGGCGACAUAGCCUGUCCACGGCGUGACUUUGCGCUGCAUAAAAAGAUAACGACACAUCGAGAUAAAAUGGAUAUACGGGCGGAUGUAGUAAAUUGGAAAAGUGGUUUUGAAUUACUGAAACAAUUGGCAGAACGAGAUACCGCAUUGGCAGAUGGGGAUGGUACAGAGGCGAGGGCUGAAUCUACUAAAAAGCCGUUAGAGUAAAUUGGCGACAUUAAACAUUUUUAAACACACUGAACUAAGUAGGUAAUCGCACUACUAAACAAGUAUCAUGGUGUAGCUGCUACUCGUAUCUGGUAAUUGUUAUUAUUGUUAUCACUAACUCAAUAUUUCCCAUAGGUGUAAAUUAAAAUUGAUAACGACUUGUGAAAGAAGUUUUAGGUGUGGGGUACAUAACGUGUAGUAUGUAUGUAUAUUUGUAAUGCUAGCAACAAAAGAAAAAAUUAUUAUAUCCACUUGCUGGACGUGCAUUGCACGCCGUGUGUGCUAAUUGAUAACACUAUACUCUAUUCAGACGUGAAAGAAAAUAGAUAUAUUUUUUAGACGUUUUAGAGGUUGAUUAAAACUGCAUCUUUGCAGCUAAUAAAAUACGUGCAUGUGUGUGAAAAUAA